AUGGUUUUGAGAUGUUUUUUGUGUAAAACUACUUAUAACAAGAAUGAAAAGGAUGUACAAAUGCAUAAAGUUCCACGAAAAGAACACAUAAUGAAAUUAUGGCUAUCUGUAUUAAAUAUGGAACAAAUAAAUCCAAAUGCAAGACUUUGUUCAAAACACUUCACAAGAGAUGAUUUUAUGACAAGUGUAGUUGCAGAAAGAAAAUAUUUGAAAUCUGAUGCAAUCCCAUCAAUGAAUCUACAGAAUGAGGAUGAGAAAGAUACUGGUUGUAAUAGUAAUAAGGAAGAGAGCAUACAGGACACACAACACUGCAACAUGAAACGUAUACCUUUGAAAAGAUCCUUAUCAAUGGAACAGUCAGCCGAAGAAGUGCCUCUAAAAAUUAUAAGAACAAUUAACGAUAUAGAUAUGAAAAAAGUUUCACAAUCACCGUUAGAAAGAAAAUAUUUGAAACCUGAUGCAAUCCCAUCAAUGAAUUUACAGAAUAAGGAUGAGAAAGACACUGGUUGUAAUAGUUCUAAGGAAGAGAGCAUACAGAACACACAACACUGCAACAUGAAACGUACACCUUUGAAAAGAUCUUUAUCAAUGGAACAGUCAGCCGAAGAAGAAGUGCCUCUAAAAAAUAUAAGAAGGAUUAAUGAUAUAGACAUCAAAAAGGUUUCACAAUCACCGUUAGAAGCAGAAGCAUGUUUAGAAGUACUGAUUGAAGAAGUACAUGAAAAACGGAAGGAAGUGAAACAUUUAAGAAAUAAAGUUGGCAAACUGCAGAAAACAGUGAAGGAUUUACGCUCAUUGAUGAAGACUUUAAAAGAUAACAAGUUAAUAACAAGUACAGCUAGAAAUACAUUAAAAUCGAUAGAAUCUCCAGCACUUGUAGCAGUAGUACAAAAAGUACUUUCAGGCAAGCAUAGAUUUAAUGCUUUUCCUUCAGAAUUAAAAACCUUCGCAACUACAUUACACUUUUACUCUCCUAAAGCUUAUGACUUUGUCCGGAGAAUAUUUAUAAAUAUUUUACCACAUCCUUCGACAAUUCGGAAAUGGUACUAUUCCAUUGACGGAUCACCUGGAAUUUCACAACCUGCACUAGAUUGUUUAACGAAAAAAGCACACGAAGCUAAUGAAAAGAAACGCACUAUUCUUUGCGGUUUGCAAAUUGAUGAUAUAUCUAUUAGAAAACAACUUCACUUUAAUGGAAAAGAAUACAUAAGUUUUUAUCAACUUUGGGACAAAAAUAGAUAACGAUGAAGUACCCUUAGCUAAG